AUGUCCUCCCAAUUCUUGCAGACCGAGCUCGCAAAUCUCAUACAGGAGUCUCGAAGAAAGAAUGCCGACCUCCGAACAGCAGCCGAGCAGUCCCUUAACGAGCUAAAGGCUCUACCUUCGACGUCUGAAGCACAGAUCUCGGCAGACCUCGUGCGUAAACCGGCAUUUGUCGAGCCGUUCAUUAUCGCGUGUCAUACGCGGCACGCGAAACUUGCUGGAAUCGGCGUCAUUUGCCUGCAACGAUUGAUCGCAUCUCGGUCAUUACCUUCUCAUCGCUUGAAAGAUGUUCUUGCAGGCUUAAAAGAGACGACCGGCUUAAGCCUUGACAUCCAGUUAAAGAUCUUGCAAUCUUUGCCUUCGCUUCUGCAAUUUUAUUCCAAUGAUUUGAGCGGCGAUUUGCUGGCAAAUACAUUGGAGAUUUGCGCAACAUUGCAAGCCAGCAAGACUAUUGCUGUAAGCAGCACUGCGGCUGCUACCCUGCAGCAACUGGUGGUUUCGACUUUCGAAAGGGUAUCCAAUGAAGACAAGCUGCCGAAGGAUGCCAAAACCUUCACCACCGUGAAGGUCGAUGGCCAUCCAGUGGAGGUGGCCCAAUUCGCAUAUGACGCUUUGCAGGUCUUAGAUGAUCUCUGUCGCCUCAUCGAUGGGGAGCAAUUGCAGUUUCUGCGCACGAGAACUUUGUCCCCCACGUUUGUAUUGGAACUUAUAGAAAGCAUCAUACUUAACAGUGGCCGUCUCUUUGUGGGACACCCGGAACUAUUACAAGUUCUGCGAGUUCGUCUGAUGCCACUCACGGUACGAUAUUUCUCCGAAAGGCAUUCAUUCUCUCAGACCGUCCGCGUUGCUCGGAUUCUACUCGUGCUUCUGAAACGCCAUAUAUCUCUCUUGACUGCGGAGUGUGAGAUGGCAUUUGGUUUGUUAACUCAUCUGCUUGAGCCGGACGGGAAUGCGCCAUGGAAGCGAGUGUUAUGCAUGGAGAUUUUCCGAGGCCUUUACGCCGAGCCUGGAGUCGUUCGAAUGAUCUACUCGCUAUACGAUGGAGACGAGAAGAGGAAGAACGUUCUUAGGGAUCAUAUGGCUUCUCUCGUUCGCCUGGCCUCUGAAAAGCCAUCUUUGAUCGGAGUCAGCAAUCAGUCAACAAUACCGCUCCGAGCAGAGCAUACAAGGUCUGCAACAGAAGACCAAAUUGCUCUUGAGACUGGUGGCGUCGCUGGUGUCAUUGGAUCUACCGGCCCCACUGCUGAAACUAAAGUGCCUGGCAUCAGCACCCAGUGGAGUGUGGUGCGGACGCCAUACAUCGAACUCCUCGAUAAAGCCGACCCGCCGCUACCCCCGGAGACUUACAUCUACAGCCUUGUUCUCAACUGCAUCAGCAGCUUUGCAGAGGGGCUUGCCAAGUUCAUCCUACCACUCACUGUUCCGGAUGUGAAAUCCAAGAAGAAAAAUAGAAUCAUGAGUCCUGACCAGGCAACUGAUUCUGCCCGCUCCUCCCAAGAUCUUCAAUCACCAGAUAUUUUGCGUGCACAGGCGGUCUCGCCAUUAAAGAAAUCAUCGGUCCCGAUCAACCCUUUGGAUCUGCAAUCUCAUGUUCAAUAUUCGGCCAUCAAGACCUGUGCUGGAAUCAUUGAAGACUGCUGGCCUGCAGUUCUAGCCGCUUGCUCGACUUUCUUGCACGCUUCACUAGACGACGAAUACUACCACAACCUUGUUCGCGCUUUUCAGAAGUUGGCCCAUGUCGCGGGUCUCUUAAGACUCUCUGUGCCUCGAGAUGCAUUUCUCACAACUCUCGGGAAGGCUGCAAUUCCGGCCGGCGCGAGCGGCGUAAAGACUCAAAGCCCUGCCACGCCGUCUCUGGGCGGCCCGCAGUCCGAAGAUACCCCUCAAAAGUAUCGCAAGAGCUCGGAUAUACCUCGAUCAAACUCCGUGCCCGGAGAUUUGACCGGUUCGUCAGCCGCUGAAACCUCUUCGGUUUCCUUGAGCACAAGAAACCUAUUAUGUCUGCGGGCUUUGCUCAAUCUCGGAAUCGCGUUGGGACCAACAUUGGAUCAGCCGGCCUGGUCCAUUCUGCUUGAAACACUUCAAUACGCUGGGUUUGUGAUUGGCAUAUCUUCCAGUACUUUGAUCAAAUCGGCCAGCGGCACAGGGGAAAGCAUAGUCAUUUCUGGCAAUGAUAUUCCAACGGCAAAUCUUGGAGCGGAGGUGAUUGCAGUCCAGACGGCUUCCACAAAGAUGUUUGAAAGCACUAGUGACUAUCCUAGUGCAUCCUUCCAAGAAGUUUUGCUCGCCUUGCUGAACCUUUCUGCAUUCACUGAGCAGAGAACCCCUGAAGAAUCAGCCCAAGAGGUGUCUGAGCCACCACAAUCCCCUCAGUCUUCGCGGAAAUCUGGACGAAUGCACCAAAAUGCUCGUCGUGUCUCGCACACCGUGGGCAAAUCUAGAAUGCAGGACGAGGAGUUGAAAUUUGUGCUCGAAAAGGGAAAUGAGCUGGCUCGGGCGAACCUGGACAGGCUUUCUUCACUUGAUGAAGAGAAUGUUGCAGCGUGGCAGCUUCUGAGUGGAAGUCUCAUUGCGACGUCUGCGAACACUGCAAUCAGCCCUAACCUCCGCUUGCAGGCUAGCAGUAUUCUUAAUUCAUUGAUCUAUUUGACUAUGAAGCCAAGGGAAGCAGAUGAUGAUCAGACUCGCAACAGGGUACAGACAAGAAACCUGCAGACACUCAAGGAUCAGGUAACAACGCUGUAUUCGUCGGAUCAAGUGACCGCAAAGUCACUUCCGAUCACUGUGAUAGAGAUCCAUGAACAAAGUCUGGAAAUUCUCCAUAAUAUCCUGGAACAAUACGCAGAGACACUCGUGGACGGGUGGAGUCUCAUAUUUGACCUGAUAUCUGGCGUAUUCCGGGGUGUUUCCGCGACAGCAAGUGGUGCUCAGCUUACCGCGCCGACUGAACGCAGGAGGUCUGCUCUUCCAGGCGGCCCACGUCUUGUCCGAGCUGCCUACAAGUCUUUACACCUUGUUGCGUCUGAUUUCCUCUCUUUGCUCCCAGCACCCUGUCUGCUGGCCCUGGUGAACUCGUUCUCCAGCUUUGCAUCCCAAAUACAGGACUUUAACAUUUCCUUGUCAACAACUUCUUUCUUCUGGAAUGUGUCCGAUUUCCUGCGAGGCCAAAUUGAACAAUUUUCAGUUGAGAGCCACGUUGAUUCUUCCGUCAGCGAGGAGGAGCUCGGCAAGCUGGCCUGCGAUCAAGACCCGUCUGUGUCCAGAAACACUCUGUGGCUACUGUUGCUUCUUCGCAUCGUUGGAAUCACCACGGACACAAGGUCUGAGAUCCGGAACAGUGCGAUCCACACGCUUCUGAGGAUUUUCGAUGCCUAUGGACAGCAACUUUCUCCAAAGGCAUGGCAACUGUGUUUGAAUCGAGUCCUCUUCUCGAUGGUGGAAAAUCUCAGUACUACCCUGGACGAGGCCACGAAACAGGAAACUGCCAAAGACGAUCUCAAAUCAUGGGUGGAGACGACCGUGCUGAUGAUCAACGGAGUGUUCAACCUCAUCACUAAUUUCUUCGACGCUAUCGUGAGCGAUGAGAACUUUGACCAAUCCUGGACAAGACUCCUCAAGUACCUCCAGGGGUUGGUGGAUAUGCGUCUUUUGGAGUUCAGCGAGGCAACCUUUGCAAGCAUUGCCUCUGUUCUGGCUCGAGUACAGUCUCCCGAGGGCUUGACCAAGGAGGCUCGAGAAUGCGCAUGGAAUCUUUGGGCCAACGGUCAUCCUGCAGAUGAUGAAACUGCUAUUGACCUCGACCGACCCAAUCAAGAUGCUGCCCUAGCGUACAUGCAAAGCUUCCAGCAGAUAUACCGCCUGCACAAAGCUCACCUGAGCCCGGAAAAUAUCGAGAAGGUGCUUCAGCAUCUGCGUCUGUUAGUGUGGAACUCGGUGUCUCCACCGUACUCUCCGGAUGUCGAUCGCCCUUCUGCUUUGCAAGCCUUGGUCAUUGAAUGUAUCAAAACCCUUUGCACUGAAAAAGAGGAAUCCCAGCCUGCGAUCUUGUUGUGUCUGGCCGAUCUGUCCGGAUCGGCUUUGACAAAAUGGAGCCCCGGUAAUGACUCGAGAAAGCCAGGAUUUGUCGCCUUCUCCAAAUCCACCAUCGACCUGAUCAGCUGGUACAUUGCCGACUUCGGUAUCAAGCAGGAUAUCCUCUCCAACGACGCGCUGGCGUCGGCCCUUGAACGCUUCGGUGCGUUGAUCCUGCAAAAGUACACGUGGGAAGGAAAGGACCGCGAGCCAUACAUGUGGCAACAGGCUUCUACCGCAUCAUUGAAUGUUCUUCAAGUUGCAGUUCCUUACAUCGAAAAGCAGUAUGACAGUGCAAGCGAAGCGGACAUAGCACGCUUCUGGCGUUGCGUGGUUGACAUUACCCACGGCAUUGUCUCCGCUCACGGAUUCCAAACCCAGCAGUUAUCUAAUGCUCGAAUCCUCGCCGACGAGGAUUUCGACAUUGACUCAUUUACCCGCCUGAAGACAUUCAUCCUCCCCUCCCUCGGUGCCUUUGCCAUCCCGGAUAGUGUCCGCCAAAAUUUCGCUCUCGCACUCUUCCACUCCUCGUUCAUCUACCCACCCCAGCGCCUGGACUUGCCUUCCAACUCAAUCGAGAAAACCCCGUUACAAGACUUUUAUAGAAUCCGUACAGGGCGAACCUUUGACCCGCCACCAACACUGCGCCCGAACAUGGCAUAUGCUCUCAUAGAUACUCUCUUCGAGCUUGCGGAAAGCCCCGAGCCCGACGCUUCGAAGCCAUGCCCCCGGACACUCCUGGCCUGCUCGAUUUCUCCCUACCUUCUUCUCCGGUGCGCGAUCCCGCUCAAGGGCUACAUUGCAGAUCAGCCCUUACGCGGACUCAUGCCCCAGCCUACGCCCGCACGCAAAGCCCUGCUUCAUCUUCUCCUGCAUAUGGUGCAAUUGCAAAGUGAGCCAUCAGCCAUACCGGAUCCGCCAUCUAUCAAGACUGUCUUGUCUACGGGUGGGGCUUCUACGGAGCGUCCCCACCGCAAGCAUCUCGAAUGGAUGUUCCCGCUCAUCGUUAAGGCGAUUCAGGUCGCGGGCAAGGAACGAGAUGACGGGCAGGUUCUGCAGGCACUCGGCAAAGUCUUACAGGAAAUUGGCCAGCUUGAUUGA